AACAUAUUGAAUUAACCGACAAACAAAGUUUACUAAUUAGUUGGUUUAAAUAUUCAUCUUAUCACUUAGCCCAUUUAAUUUAGGGUUAUUUAAACAGUCAAUUACCGAUCAAUUGCUUAUUAUGAUUAGACAUUCAUUGUUAAGAGCAUCAAGCUCAUCAUUAAUUAGAAUCAGUAGAACAUCGAGAACUUUUUCAAAUUCAGUCCGAAUCGGAGCUAAAGGUGAUUCAUCAACUAUUGAUUCAUUUAAAUUACCAUCUCAAACUUCAAUUAAUGAAUGGGAAUAUAAAUAUGAUUUCAUUCCUAAAGUUGCAAGUCCUAAAGUUCCCCCAGUAACUAAAGAAGCUAUUAAACAAGAUAUUGCUCAAGAGAAAUUAAAAGAAGUAGAACGUGAAUUAUUCGUUGAAGAAAGCAAUUCAUCUAUUAAAGUAGAAGGUAAUAUAGCAGAUGUAACUCAUGGAGGUGAAUCAGUUAAAGUUGAACCAGAAUAUUUACAAGAUAGAGGUAGUAAACCUGUAUUAGCAUCAUCUAAACAAACCAUUGCAAAUAAUGCCACAAAUAAACCAGCUAAUAGUGAUAAAUAUAUUCAUAGUUCAGUUAAUCCUAAUGUUAAUCAAAGUGAUGUUGUUAGUUUAGGUGAAAAUGAAGUCGAUCAUAAGGUAACUCCAAUUCAACAACAAGAAGUGAUUGUUGAAGAUAUUGAACAUGAUAAUUUACAAAAUGCAACUUCAACUAAAACAACCCCAGGUCCAGCUGAAACUAAUAAAUCGGAAAGCUCUAGUUCUGAAAGUUCUGGAUCUGGUUAUACUGUACCUGUUUUAUUACUUGGUUUAGGUGGUGCAGGAUAUUAUUACUAUUCAAGUAAUUCAAGCAACAAGAAAUAGUCUUGUCAUACUUUUUAUAGAUAAACCAACAUUCAUAUUGUUACACUUAUAAUUCCUAUUAUUUUUUUGUUAUUCUUAUCUAUUACGAUCAUAUUUAUCUACAUCUACAUCUACAUCUACAUUCAAUAAAAAGAUAAAGCACUUGAAAGUUACUUUUCAA